AGUCUUAGGGUUAGGGUUCCUCAAAGUUCAUCUCCCUUAUUUUUUUUAUUUCCCUUUGCCCGCAACCAGCCGCGCAAACCUAUCCAGAGACUUCAUCAACAAUGGCGGAACAGACCGAGAAGGCGUUUUUGAAGCAACCCAAAGUGUUUCUAAGCUCUAAGAAAUCUGGGAAAGGGAAGAGACCAGGAAAGGGAGGGAACCGCUUCUGGAAGAGCAUUGGUUUGGGCUUCAAGACCCCUCGUGAAGCUAUUGAAGGAACUUACAUCGAUAAGAAAUGCCCAUUCACCGGUACCGUUUCAAUCAGGGGACGUAUCUUGGCUGGUACUUGCCAUAGUGCCAAGAUGGUGAGGACUAUCAUUGUUCGACGGAACUACCUUCAUUUUAUCAAGAAAUACCAAAGGUAUGAGAAGCGCCAUUCGAACAUCCCUGCUCAUAUUUCUCCCUGCUUCCGCGUGAAGGAAGGGGACCAUGUCAUUAUCGGACAAUGCAGGCCAUUGUCGAAGACUGUGAGGUUCAAUGUUUUGAAAGUGAUUCCUGCUGGAUCUUCGGGCGGUGGGAAGAAAGCUUUCACUGGCAUGUAAGCAUGAGUGCUUGGGGUUUAUAGAAAACCUAUGAGGAAGACAUUAAAAAGUGGAUGAAGUGCCUCUAGAUUUGAAGAGUAUUUGACUGUUAGAUGCCCUAUUGUUUUUCGUUGUUUUUGCAUUUACAUGGUAUGUGUUCGGAUUUUGUCAAAUUAUGACAUGGAAUUUUGAAGA